GGCUCCGACAACAGGGCUGCCCUAGACCCGCUACCUCUCCGUCUCUGUCUCUGUCUCUCUCUGAGGCGAUGGCAGCGACAAAAUGAAACCACCGGCUCUUGUACGUUGAUAAUUCCCUCAAAAACAGAUAUCCGGAUGGUUGCCAAACAGAUUUUUUAUUAUUGGAUUAACGACCAUCAGCCAGCCAGCCAGCUUUAUCCUGAGAGGCCGGAGAUUUCGGUGUCGCCGUGCAGGGAGGAGUCCCUCCGUUAUUUGACUGUUACCACCCGAAGCCAUCAUGUCGGCCUUUUAACAACACGUCUCAGACAUUAAAAAGCCUCGAGAGGACCCGAUGCAGUCUUAGAGGAUGGAUGUGGAGGUGAGUGCUGGCAGGGACGGCACCAGGAGGAGAGCAGCGGCCGCAGCAGCAGCAGCAGCAGCGGCGGAUGAUGCUGGUGGAGGAGGCAUGGAGGCUCAGGUUGUACCGCUGGAGCUCUACGACUCUGCCAGAGCCAAAAUAGACGCAAAUCUCCGCUGGCUGUUUGCCAAAGCUUAUGGUAUAGAUCACAUCCCUGCAGACCUGCGGGACCCCUUUUAUACCGACCAGUAUGAGCAGGAACACAUCAAGCCCCCCAUCAUCCGCCUGCUGCUGUCUGGAGAGCUUUACUGCCGGGUGUGUGGGCUCAUCCUGCACGCUGAGCAGGCCGCCUCACUCCAAAGCCAUCAGUCUGUUAUCCAGGCCCUGUCCAGGAAAGGCAUCUAUGUCCUGCAGAAAGACAACAUGCCUGUCUCUGAUAUGGACCUCAGCUCGGCUCCCAUCAAGAUGAGCUCCCACAUCCACCUUAUUGAUGCCCUGAUGAUGGCCUAUAUAGUGGAGAUGAUCAGCAUAGAGAAGGUGGUGUCCAGCGUUAAGCGAUUUUCGAACUUCAGUGCCUCUAAGGAGCUGCCUUUUGACCUGGAAGACGCAAUGGUCUUUUGGAUCAACAAGGUGAACAUAAAGAUGAGGGAGAUCGUGGAAAAAGAGCUGAAAAUGAAGCAACAUCUGCUGGAGUCGCCCAGCCACCAGAAGGUGCGUUACCGCAGAGAUCACCUGUCAGGUCGAACACUUCAACACUUCCCUCUGCUGGACGACCUGUUGAAGGAUGUGUGCGACGGCACGGCUCUGCUGGCUGUGAUCCACUUCUACUGCCCAGAACUCAUUAGACUGGAAGAUAUCUGUCUGAAGGAGGUUCCCUCUAUAGCAGACAGCGUGUACAACAUCCAGCUACUGAAGGAGUUUUCUAAUGAAUACCUGAACAAAUGCUUCUAUCUGACACCUGAGGACAUGCUGUAUUCUCCACCAGUACUAAAGAAUAAUGUGAUGGUCUUUAUUGCUGAGCUCUUCUGGUGGUUUGAGAGUGUGAAGCCAGAGUUUGUUCAGCCCAGGGACCUUCAAGAAAUCAGAGAUGUGAGAUUAUUGCUGCAGCCUAAGAGUUCACGGCCCCAUGUUCCCAUCUCCAAUGUCACUAAACGUAGUUUCCUGACAUCAUCGAACUCUGCUGACACCUUGACCACACCCCUGAGCCCUGACCUCAGCACAAAACCAGACUCAUUAAGCCCUUCUCUCUCUUUACUGCCGCUGAGACAGAGACAACAGAAAGUGGCUGAGGAAAGCACUUCAGAACUGAGAAAUAGGUCCAACUCUAUGGCGCGUACAGAUACAGGCUCAAUACUGGCCUGGCCGGAGAGGAGGCCCAGGCCUUUAUCCCAGCCGGGGCCCUACGCUCUGCAUUGUCCCCUGGAGGAUGAUGCAGACAAUAUUAGCCUAGCUCGCUCCAUCAGCAAAGACAGCUUGGCCUCCAAUAUUAUGAGCAUCACCCCAAAACACAUGCUGGGGACGUGUCCUCAACUGCCUCAACACCGACUGAGUGGUCAAAGCCUGCUUAGUCACAUGCGCAUAGAGGAUGAGGAGGAGGAAAUAGAAGAGGAGGAACUGGUUGCUGUAAUCCACCCGUCUGUAUUUUCUCGGCGUCGACUUGGGAGUGACAUGGAACAGGAUGAGCUGGAAAUCCAGAGUGCGACCUCCACCUCAAGGGUUUCUAAUACUCGUUGCUCUCCUCGUCUUGACAUGGGUCCCUUUACACCCGACCGCCAGGCAGACAGCUACUAUCUGGAGCCUUUGAUGCCUGCCAUCCCUAAGCCAGCCAAAGAGAAGAGCAUCAGCCUGAACAAGGAGGAGGAGAGUGGUGAGAGUCGCUGUAGAGGAGCAGCAGCAGCAGCAGCAGCUGCUAGGAAAGCAACCACCAAUGCUCCAAGCACCUCACAGAGGAAAUCCCCUGUAGCUGAGUCAAACAGAAGUACCUUUACACCCAUACCUGUGGCAGAAGCAUUCCCUAGCUCUCUGAGGCCACCCACAGAGGGGUCGAUAGGCAUCUCUCCGUCUGGGAACAAACAGUCCCAUGGCUUUUUCCUUCAUUUGUCAGGAGAGCCAGAGCCCCAGAGUCCUUUCUCCACUGCGAUGGAGGUUGGGCACGACUCUGACUCUGACAUUGCAGACCUUGAGGAAGAUGAGGAGGAGGACGAUCAGCUGGAGCUGACUAAAGAGGUGGUGAAGAGAGGAAAGGGAAAAUACUUAGAGGAAGGAGAGGUGUGUGAGUUUGGAGAGGGAGAUGGUGAGUCAGUGAAACUGAGAGAAGACUCGAAGGUUAGUGAAAGGGACGAUAAGGAAGACUGCAGUGGACGCUCAAGUCCUUGCCUCAGCACCAUAUCCUGGGCGAGCAGCUGCAGCGCUUCAGGCAGCACCAGUGUCAAGAUGACCAGCUUUGCAGAGAGAAAGCUCCUUAAACUUGGUCUCCGUGAUGGAUACUCAAGUACCAGCAGCUCUCAGAAGACCACACCAGAUGGCUCUGAGGUUGUCCCUUUCCCUCCCUGGCAACUGAGGAGUGACUGCACUUCUAGCUGGACAGGCAAGGAGCCUAUUUCUGUGCUGGGGAAGAAUAUUGUGGGGAGUCCCUCAGUAGUGCCUUCAGAGCUGCUGCAACUUCACAUGCAGCUAGAAGAGCAAAGACGUGCUAUUGAGUAUCAAAAGAAGAAGAUGGAGACCCUAUCGGCGCGGCAGCGACUAAAGCUAGGGAAAGCUGCAUUCUUGAACAUUGUUAAGAAGGGUGGGGGGAAGAGUGAUACACUUCCCCUGCCCCUGAAACACUCAGAAUCGGCAGAACUAGCUGACAAGAGUAGAGUGAAGACCCUGUCCUGCAGGGAUGACUCCUGUCUUGAUGCUCUGAAGGUCCAAGCUAAGGCAGGUCAAACAGAGGGAGGGCAGAUGAAAAGAGACAACAGGUUAAAGACCCUGUCCCAGGAUAAUGUGGCUGAACCUGACUUAAAUGAGUGUUCCCACUCCAUAGAUUUACUCAAUGAAGCUAUUAGUUCCAUUCAGCACCAGAUGAUGCAGCUCUCUUUGCAGCAAGAUCUGCUGAUGAAGCGUGUGGUGUCACCUCCAGAACGUGUAGAAUCCGUCCCGAGCACAACGCAAGACACAACCCCAGACACAACCCCAGACACAACCCCCGUCACAACCCCCGUCAUAACCCCCGUCAUAACCCCCGACACAACCCCCGACACAACACAAUCAACAUCCACUACCUCAGACUCCAGAUCCUUUGCUGUUCACUUUGUAGAAAUCAGUGGCAGCCACUCUGCCCCUGCUCGCCGUCCUCCCAAGCUUAGUUCCAGCCAACGCAGCAAAGCAUCGGAGCAAAAACAUAUUCAAGACAGCAAGACGGCUCCUGUAAAGACCAAUGCUCAGUCCCCUAGAGAAAAUUCUGGUGGAGACCAGAAGACGGGGAGUAUUGUGGAGAGCUCCAGGCUGGAGAGAAGCAUUCAGAGAAACACCACCUUCAGAGUCGACCCCAACCAACACAGCAGCGUAGAGGGAACUGAGAACUCCCUGGACAAAAUGCAAUCACAGGACACACAAGUCAUCUCCAGUACAUCAAUGUCUCCCUCACAGGCUGCAGAACAAGAAGAGAACAAUGUUGCCAACUCAGGGAAAGAGGCUGCGGGUGGCGAUGAGAAUACUAAGGUCAAGGGUCAACUGAUUGAGGUUGACCUAUCAGGUCAGCUUAAGGAGGAUGGCAGUGCAGAUGUUACAGACGGCGCAGCAGAGGGCGAGCAAAAGAAUAUGCUGGGGUUCUUCUUUAAGGAUGACGAGAAAGCAGAGGAUGAAAUGGCGAAACGUCGCGCUGCCUUCCUCCUCAAACUGCAACGCAAAGCUGAAGAGUCGAGACUACGCAAACAACAGCAAGAAGCCGAGAGUGAGCUCAAACGCGAUGAGGCCAGGCGUAAAGCAGAAGAGGACCGUGUUCGUAAGGAGGAGGAGAAAGCGCGACGAGAGCUUAUAAAGCAGGAAUACCUGCGGAGGAAGCAGGAGGCGUUGAUGGAAGAGCAAGGUCUGGUCAAGCCUCGCCCACGCACUAAGUCCCGCAGGAACAGGCCUAAAUCACUGCAUCGCGAAGAGUCCAACAGCCUCUCCAAAGGAUCCACCACACCUGAUCUGAGCUACAGUCAUCUAGGAUCGACGCUCUCUUUGGCGACCGAGGCUGACAGUGUCAUCUCCGGAGGGGCGGAGUCACAGAGGGCUGGAUCUGUUUGCUCUAUGGAGUCGUUGCCUAUGCUGAGCAGGGCGUCUAGCAGGAACAUGGAGAGGGACUGGGAGAACGGCUCUAUAGCCUCAUCCAUCACUUCAAUGGAGUACAAUGGUCCUAAACUCUUCAAGGAGCCGAGCUCCAAGUCCAACAAGCCAAUCAUCAUCAAUGCCAUCGCUCACUGCUGUCUGGCUGGAAGGGUUAAUGAGGGUCAGAAGAAUGCUGUUCUAGAGGAGCUGGAGAAGUGCGAGUCCAAUCACCUUAUCAUCCUCUUCCGCGACGGUGGGUGCCAGUUCCGCGCCAUUUACUCUUACUCACCCGACACCGAGGAGAUCGUCAAGUUCACAGGCACAGGACCACGCGCCAUCACCCGGAAGAUGAUCGACAAGCUCUACAAAUACAGCUCGGACCGCAAGCAGUUCAACGUCAUCCCCGCCAAGUCUGUGUCCGUCAGCGUGGACGCCCUGACCAUCCACAAUCAGCUCUGGCAGGUCAAGAGACCAGGGAGUGCACGGAGGAAGUGAGAAAGAGGAGGAGGGAAAGAAAACACUGGUUAUAGUUUGUGUUUUAUCUACUACUGUUGGGCAGGACCCAAUAAUCUCUGAGAUGAUUGACAUGCGAUCAUGUGAAUGACAUGUCAUUAGACAUGUUAGAUGUUCUUAUUAAUGGAGAGGUCAGUCUGUGGCAGCGCGAGAACAUGAAACACCUGCCAGCUGAAUGCUCUAACAUUUUUUUGUUUUGUUUUCGUCUUAUUAGCUUUUUAUUCUGCAUGUCAGACUUUUAUGUUUUGAUUUGUGGAUACGUCCUACAUUAAUUAGGCACCACUGACGAUGGAUUGAUUCUUAUGUAGCAGUGAAGAGACGGACCCUCGAGUCGAAUACCACUGAAUCUACUUACUACUGAUACCAAGUGCAACUACAGACAGGUAGCGGUGAACAUUAACUCGAUGAUGUCUUGUAAGCUAUUUCAGCUUGGCAAAAAAUACCCUACUGCUGUGAUUAAUCCAGGCUCCACAUACAGAGCCCCUAUUAUUCACCGGUAACUACUACUGGUCAGUGCUUUUCUGAAGAGGGAGCUUUGAGCAAACUUUUUUAUGUGAGUAUGGAAUGGAUGUCAGUGAGUGGUAAUGUCCAGUCUUGUUUUCUAUUUAGUGUGUUUGGGGAAGUGUGUGAGUCUUUGUGUCAGGGAAGGGGAGAGCUUGAAUGCUUGUGCAUCCUGCUCUGAAUGUGUUUUCUCACUCUCUUGAUUAUGCUUUAAAAACAUCUAUCAUGCAACAGAACAAUGGAGCAAAGCAACAAAACUGUUUUCUUUUUUGUUUUUUUGGAAGCUAUGUGUUGCCGUUACAGUGGAAGAGAAAUAAUGUUUUCACAGUGGGGGAAAUUAUACUAGUAUUUAUUCCAAACAGGAAGCGCUUUUGAGAGUGCAUUAUACCCUUUCAGUAGUGCAUUAUAUUGUAUUAACUUCAUACUUAUAUUCCACCACCCAUAUGAUCUGAGAUCCCAGAGACUGGCUCAUAUUGCUGAACCAAAAUUAACUGAGCUAUGCCACUGAGCUUUUUGUUGCUCAUUAACUGCUCAAAGGAUUCUGGUGAGAUGUACAAUUUCAAUGUAGCUUCUGGCGCUGAACACUAGUAAUUUCCCUGUAAUGAUUGACUGUCAGCAGCUGGUAUAACGUGGGGAGGGGGGAAACUGCACAAUACUUGAUAUUUGUUUGCUGCAUUUUGUACAUUUUUGAGUAGUAUUUUUUGUACAUUACGUACAAGUUAUGUUUACUAAAGAGCAGGCACUAUUUUGAGGUUUAUUCUGUUACAGGCUUUCAGAGAUGUUACGAGUCUUAUUUCAUUGUGUUAUAUUUUAUGUUUAUUUAUUUUAAAGAGAUAUAAUAAAGUGCAACUAGGUAUGUUUUCUGAUGAAA